AUGGGUUCGGUCUCACUUACUUUUGUUGAGGUUCUGGUGACUGAGUCUCGUGAGAGAGAAAUCCUAAUUCGCAAUUUCUACCAGAUCGAUAGAAAAAAAAAUCUGGCCAUGGCAUCUGUUUUUGCUGAUUUUAAAGCGGCCCAAACCGCCGGUUCCGGCCCUCAGCUGGCCGCAGCAAUCACUCCAACUGCAACUCCAGAGGACCCAGAUCGAUUGCGUUCUUUCUAUAACUCAACUAAUAGCGCAAAAGCUUCCACGGAUAUUCGCCAUUUUCUUCUUCAAGAUCGAACAACAGGUGUGAAAUUACCUAAGCAAGAGGGAAAUGCCUGGGUCAACAUCUUCACUGCGUUCUGGACAGCUGCUGGAGAGAUAGUCAAACUUGAGGAAUCCUCACCAGAAGGUAGCUGGUCGAAAGUAUUCGAGGCCUGGAAAGAAGUGGCCAAUCAACUUAUCAGAGGUUAUUCCACGGGAAGUCUUCAGGCAUGGACCGUGCCAUGUCUCUAUGUUGUUGGUAAAUAUCUGCGAGCAUUUGCCAUUAAGGCAGACGCGGAAUCCUCUCAAGACCCGGGGUCGUUUGGAAAUGGAUUCCAGGACGAUGUUGUGGCCAACGUUGAAAAGAACGCGCAGCUCGAGGAGGCUGCCAGAACCAUCAACCGCAUGUUCACCCUCUGUCUUAGCGACAGGAAUGUCCUUCGUGCUCUAGAUGCGUCGUCUGGGGAUAUUCCUGAUUUUGAUGCCUUCCCCAAGUCUCACAUUGUUACGUUCAAGUACUAUGUUGGAGUCAUCUGCUUCUUGGAAGAAAACUAUGCAGAAGCGGAGGAGCACUUGACUCAAGCAUGGCAGAUGUGCCAUAAGGAUGCCUACAAAAAUAGAGAAUUGAUUCUUACCUAUCUCGUGCCUUGCCAUAUCGUCACCACGCAUACGCUACCAAGUCGCAAACUUCUUGAACCGUUUCCUCGCCUCGAGAAUCUCUUCCGUCCGCUUUGCCAAUGCAUUAAGCGAGGGGACCUUGUCGGGUUCGAUGCAGCCAUGUCGGCCGGAGCAGACGAGUUUGUCAAGAGGCGUAUCUAUCUGCCGCUUGAGAGGGGCCGUGACCUGGCUCUUCGCAACCUUUUCCGGAAAGUGUUCCUUGCUGGAGGAUAUGACGAACCCAAAGACGGGCAACCACCUAUUCGACGGACACGUGUCCCCGUCGCUGAAUUUGCCGCAGCCUUGCGGAUUGGAACUAAAGCCGAGGAAAAAUCACGGGUUGACAUGGACGAGGUCGAAUGCCUCUUGUCUAGUCUGAUCUACAAAAAUCUGAUGAAAGGCUACAUUUCCCGGGAACGAGCCACUGUUGUGCUCAGCAAGAAUGAUGCUUUCCCGGGCACUGGCGUCUAG